CACUUUCACCCACGAAGCAACAAUCCCCCCAGAAUAACAUAGGAAGCGGGGACGCGAUCGCGGGUCGCCCGUGAACAGUUCCGUGGGUUCAGCGCCACCAUCUUCUUAUAUGGACGACAUGGCCGCGCGACGUAAUUUGGCUCUCUGUCCGCUCCUUAUCCAUCAGCCUACUUUCUUGUGAGCGGGUGAUCAAUCAAAGAGGAUGAGGGUCUCACAAGUACUUGUCUCGGCCCUCCUGGGUUCGAACUUUGCCGCCGCCAACCCACUUCAUCCGCGCAUCUACACGAAGCCUUCGCCAGCGACGCUUCCCAGAGCGGAAGCAAGCAACAACAAGGACGCCAACCCCAGCGAGCUCAUCCCCGGCGCCUACAUUGUCGAGUUCGCGGACGAUGAUGAUACCCCCGAGACCUUCUACAGCUCUCUGAAGGCCGAUGGCCUCGAUAUUGAAUCUCGCAUGGACCUCAGCAACCGGCUGUUCAAGGGUGUUUCUUUCCAGGUCAAGAAUGCUGGCGAGACUCACCAUGAUGGCGCACUCCUUCGUCGCAAGAUCGAAGCCUCGCCGCGCAUUCGGAACCUGUGGCCUGUCCGUACGAUUAAGCUUGCAAAGCCCGAGGACCACGGCGCACCGGCCAAGGAUGUGGCUACCAAAGCCAAUACCAAGCGCCAGGAAGCGGCAUUCGGAAACUCAACCAAGGACACCUUCUCGCCGCACAUCAUGACCCAGGUUGACAAGCUGCGCGAACAGGGGAUCACUGGCAAGGGAGUCCGUAUUGCCAUCAUCGACAGCGGCGUGGACUACACUCACCCUGCCCUUGGCGGAUGCUUCGGCCCUGGAUGCCUGGUAGAAGCCGGGUGGGAUUUCACGGGCGACGACUUUUUACCCAACGUGAGACCGCUACAGCCCGAUGCGGACCCUAUGGAUGACUGCGCUGGACACGGAACUCACGUUGCUGGCAUCAUUGCCGCUCAGCUUGAGGGCAAUGAGUAUGGCUUCACGGGUGCCGCCCCUGGAGCUAAGCUGGCAGCAUACCGAGCGUGGGGAUGCGCCUCCACAUCGACGAACGAGGUGCUGCUCGCGGCUUUCAGCCGCGCCUUUGAGGAGGGAGCUGAUAUCAUUUCAUGUUCCGAUGGAGACCCGUCUGGCUGGGCCGAGGAUGCUUGGGGUGUUCUCGCCUCUCGCAUCGUCGACGCGGGUGUCCCAGUCGUCAUCUCCGAAGGCAACGACGGCGGCAAUGGCUUGUUCUACGCGUCGACCCCGGCUACCGGUCGUGGUGUCGCUGGAAGUGGUGCUGUGACGAACUCUAAAUUCCCUACGAUCCUCAAUGAAGGCACAUUCUCCGUGGAAUCCAACUCCACAUCAGGCGUCAAGUCCGACUUCGCUUACUUGCCCGGUGUUCCUGAGCUCGUGGGAGACCUUUCACUUCAGCUCUGGAGCCCGGGUGAGAACAACGCCUGUAGCGAGCUGCCUGAUGACACCCCAGAUCUGAGCAACAAGAUUGUUUUGCUUUCGUUCCCCGACUCCCGAGCCACGGGUUGCUAUCCAAUUGACCAGGGCAACAAGAUUGUCGCCAAAGGUGGACACUAUAUUCUCUUCUACACUAAUGAUAAUACUACUAUGCGGGACGAGCAAUAUGUCUACUCCGAGGGUAUCCAGGGCGUCGCUUCUAUCCCGCCUUACCAGUCUGACCAAUGGCUCUCACUGUUGCAACAAGGUCGCAGCGUCACAAUCUCCAUCCCCGGCGCCAACAACACCAGGACUCGUCUCGAGGAGCUUGAGAAUAAGUCCAGUGGAUCCUACAUGGGAUCUUUCUCCAGCUGGGGCCCGACUUGGGAGCUGGAAGCCAGCCCUCAAUUUGCCGCCCCUGGAGCCAACAUUCUGUCUACUUUCCCUGUUGCCCUGGGUGGCUAUCGUGUUAUGACUGGUACUAGCAUGUCUUGCCCUCUGAACGCCGCCAUUUAUGCUCUUCUUGCGGAAGCCCACGGGACCAAGGACCCCAAACGUCUCAAAUCCAUCGUGUCAUCCACUUCAAAGCCAUUAGCCUGGUUUGACGGCACUGUGGCCCACGCCGAUCUCAUUGCCCCUGUUCCGCAACAGGGUGCUGGAAUUAUCCAGGCGUUUGAUGCAGCCCGCAGCAAUGUCGAGCUCAGCAUUGAUAGCAUCUCCUUCAACGACACUGACUAUUUCACGGGAAACGAGACUUUCAUCAUCGAUAACCAUGGAUCUGUGGACGUUGAGUUCGAAGUCAGCCAUCGCAAAGCCGUCACCAUGUACACCUUCGUGGAGACCACCGACCGCUUGAGGGCUGCCUCAUUCCCCAACCCAAUUAUCGAGGAGUGGGCUGAGCUUCAAUUCAGUUCCGAAAAGAUCACCGUGCCCGCUGAAGGAUCCGCAGAACUUACCGUCACCUGCAUUCCCCCAUCUAACGUCAACGCUACUCGUCUACCAGUCUACAGCGGAUACAUCGCUCUCACCAGCACCACUGAUGCCCCUUCCUUGAGCCUGCCCUAUCUCGGAGUUGUUGGCAGCAUGCAUGACAUUCCUGUCAUCACACCGGCACAGGCAUACCUCGCCAACUACUACAGCCAAGCCCCAGCGAACACAACAUACACGAUCCCGCGCCCCAACCCGGCCAACCCACCUCUGACUGAUCGCGGAGACCAAUCAGCGACCCCCAACGCCAUCAUAUCACCCACAGUCGGCACUGCCUCCAUCCAGGUCGAUGUCUUGAGAGUUAGUGGAGGCAAGGAAGAGAACCUAGGCAGUCUAGCAGGCUGGCCUCUUCCAUAUGCACCUCGCACCGAAACACGUGCCUUCUUCAAUGGGCUGCUUGCUGAUAGCACUGUUCUCGAGCCUGCUAUCUACGCCAUGAAGGUCAGCGCUCUGCGUAUCUUUGGUGAUAGGGAGAAUGAAGGAGACUGGGAUGUUGUCAAGACGGUGCCAUUCGUUCUGAAGUACGAAACAUCUGGAAAUGGAACUACCGCCGCAGCUUGA